GCCUUUCGCUUCCAUGGUCGCACGACGCAACGAACUCGCACCGGCCGAGCGGCUCUCGUACGUAAGCUCCACAACGGGCAUCAUCAAGGGGGGUCGCGACGACGAUUUUGCCGAGUCCAAGACGCCUGGCGAGCUCGAAGACGGUGCACUUCGCAACGGCGACGCGCCCAUCUACACAUCGCCCGAGAUUCUGGCCCUCCUCUUCCAGUAUGCCGCGAUCGGUGUCGUCUACGGCGGCAUGAACGGCAUGCAGUACCCGGUCUUGACCGGGUACUUUACGCUCCAAGGCAACGUCCUCAACUCGGCGACAGCGCUCAUGAGUCUUGGCUGGUCGCUCAAGGUCUUUUUUGGGAUGCUCUCGGACUGCGUCCCGAUCUUUGGCUACCACCGCAAGCCAUAUAUCCUCGUCGGGUGGAUCCUCACGGCCGUGCUCCUCAUCGUCGUCGCGCUCAAGCCCGCGGGGGAGCCGGCGCCGGACCCCGAGGCCGCCUCGAACGGAUCGACGCUCGCGCUCCUCUGCGCGGUCGCUUGCUUUUGCUACAUCAUGGCCGACGUCGCCCAGGACGCGCUCGUGGUGUCAUAUGCGCAGCGGGAGCCGCUCGCGCAGCGCGGCCGCCUCCAAUCGAUGAUCUACGCCGUGCGCACGGUUUUCAUGGCCGUCAUGUCGGCCAUCUCGGGCUUCUGCCUCAACUCGGAGCGCAUGGCUGGCUCGUACGAUUGGGACAUUGGUGUCAACGGGUACUUUUGGAUCAUGGCGGCCACGUCAUUGCUCAACGUGCCGGUCGUGUACUUCUUCCUCAAGGACGUCAAGGCGCCGACGCAUAUCUCUGUCUCGACGUACCUCGAGCAAUUCUGGUCGCUCGCGCAGAAGCGGGUCGUGUGGCAGGUCAUGAUCUUCAACUUUAUGUUCUCGCUUUUCACGUCGUACAUCAGCACGACCGCGUCGUCGUACGUGGCGCGCUACUGGGCCGAGGUGGACAACCUCAACUCGUCGCUCAUCAGCAUCAUCUCCAACCUCAUCUUCGCGACCGUCCUCGUCGUCACCGGCAAGUACGGCACCCAUUGGAACUGGCGCUACGUGCUCAUCAUUACGACGAUCACGACCAACAUCAUCGAUGCGAUCGUGCAAUUCUGCACCAUCUACGACGUGGUCCGCAACCAGUGGUUCUACCUCGGCGUGCCGCUCUCGGAACAGCUCCCGGCCGGCAUCAACUUUGUCGUUGGUACGUUCGUCAUUGUCGAGCUCGCCGAAGAAGGCAGCGAAGGCAUCAUGUACGGUCUCCUGACGACGAUUACAAACCUCCCGGGCGUCUUUGGCCCGAUGAUCACGAACGUGAUUGACGCCAACUUUGCCGUCCGCAGCGAAGACAUUAAGGGCGACCUCCCCGAAACGCGCACGCAGGUCGCGUACACGUACAUCAUUGCGUACUCGGCGACCGUCAUUGGCUGCCUCUGGGUGUGCAUUUUGCCCAACCAAAAGGCGGCCGUGAUGGAGCUCAAGAAGCACGGCGGCAGCUACCCCAAGGUCGCAGCCUUCAUCUUUUAUGCCUUCUUUGUCAUUCUCGCCACGUCCAUCACCGGUACGAUGACAUCCAUGUUUGACUCGACCAACUGCCUCAAGCUCGCGGGCGGCGACGGCUGCCCAGAGGGCACGUCGCAGCUCUACUUGCUCGGCAUCUUUGUGCCUGCCGUCGUUGCUCUCGUUGCGAUUGCUCUCGUCUACAAAAAAUCGCACUCGCCAGGUACGCCCGGCUUUGGCGCCGACGACGACGUCUUUGAGCUCGACGACGCCAGCGGCCACGUCUUCAUUGCGCCGACCGGCGACCUCCAUGGCAACCGCCACCUCGUCGCCGACGCGACACCGCCGUACUUUAUGAGCUCGGUCGCACACGCGAGCGUCACGUCGGAAGACGACGACCACGAGAAAGACGAGCCGUCGCCUGUCGUCGCGGCCGCGCCCCGUGCGAGCCGGUACCACUCGGCGAUCUCGGGCCUCAAGUCGCUCUCGUCUGCACCGUCCAACCUCCUCGGUAAAGGCAAGUACGCCAAAGCGCAGCUGCUCUCCAAGAUCCCGUACAAGAAGGCCAAGACGCGCGUUUCGAACCUGCCACCGCCGACGCUCUGCUCCGAGUGCCCGCCCAAGGCGCCGUCCAAGCUCAGUCUCUACCGGCAAAAGUCGGCGCCGCCGCCCAUGUGGACGUGCGUGGCCUGUCCGCACGUGCAUCUGUGCGAGUCGUGCUAUCGGUCAGGCGUUCACGGUCUCGAAGGCUCGGACGCGAUGGAGACGUACGACGAGCUCAUUUCGGAUCUCAAGUGGAUGAAGGCCUGCAAGGCGUUUACGAAGCCGCUUCUUCGCAUGCUGCGGCAGGACAUUUGCAACCACUCGCCGUCCAAGUACCAAUUCAUGUGCGCCUGGCUCGCCGACAUCCUCGGGACCAAGCCCGUCGCGAAGAUCACGAUGCGCGGCGUGGCCAUGAAGGACCUCCGCGCCGACGCGCGCCAAGCGUUUGUCGCGGCGCUCAUGCCGCUCGUAGCGAAUCGAAGCGACUUGGAUGUCAACAUUGAGUGGGCGCCGAGUGCCGACGACAACCAACUGGAGAAUCUCCGGCUAUGGAUCUCGGACAAGAAAGGCCGGCGCGAAAGUCCGUUCGACACGUCACUUUUGACGACCGAGCUCCACGACCACGAUGCUGCCUCGUGACAAGAGACCGUGAAAUGUACUAUUGUGUCAUAUGCUAUCUAC